GGAUAAGUGUAACAAAGUACGCGGGAAAAAAAUGACUCGUGGCCGGAGACACGCGCCCUCAGUUAAACUCAUCCGGUAACCGUUUCGAGGCACGUAAGCGCGUGGAAUUUCGAAUUAAUCGAUAGCAUUGUGAUUCUACGUGGUCGUGGUCAGCAAAUAUCGUUUAUAAUGUAAAAUGUGUUACAACACCGUUGAUAGAAAAUAUUUGUAUAAGAUAUAACGUAUAUAAUCAUCAGGAGAAGGGAAUCAAAUAACAAAAACUUUUAAUAUAAAGUAAAAUAAAGUGAAAAUGCCUGCUGUAAGCAUUUGUGACCCAGUUGCGGCCACUCUUCGUCGUACAUUGGAAACUAAUCAGUCCAAAACAUCAGAUGACUUAACAGCAAAUUUAGUUACCAAUGCAUCAAGAAUUCUUCAGUCAGAAAUUCAAUAUAAAGAAGUUGAUGAUUAUCAAACAACAAUUCUAGAUCAACUUAAAGCAAAAUACAUUGUAUUAAGUUUACCAAAUUCUGAAAACUCAGAUGAUAAAAUGAAGGAUGGUGCAAAUUAUAUAAAGAAAAAUGAAAAAGUAUCGAAAGGACUCAGUUUGCCAGAGCCAACAGUUACUUUAUAUUCUCCAAAGAAAGUUAGCCUAGGGUGGAAGGGUACAUUUCCUGUUGGGGCUGGCAUGUAUAAUGUUGGAAAUACAUGCUAUUUAAAUAGUACUCUUCAAGCUCUGUUUCAUGUACCAGCACUUGUAAAUUGGUUAUUAUCAGACUCUCAUCAUACAUCAAAGUGUGAACAAAAUGAUGGAGGUGGAGAAUGCCUUACAUGUGCAGUGGCUAAGACUUUACAAUCUAGUCACCAAAAAUCAGGAUGUGCUAUCAAGCCAUUCUACAUAUAUAACAAACUAAAACUUAUUUGUCGAACCAUGGUGCCAGGGCAACAAGAAGAUGCUCAUGAGUUUUUACGUUAUUUAUUAGAAGGCAUGGAAAAAGCCUACUUAGCAAGACACAAAGCUAGUAAACUAGACAGCUAUUCUAAAGAAACAACACCUAUCAACCAAAUUUUUGGUGGUUACAUUCGUACUGAAGUAAAGUGUCUACAAUGUCGACAUGUUUCCACUACUUUCCAACACUUUCAAGACUUAUUAGUUGAUAUACGUAAAGCAAGCACUUUGGAUGAAGCAUUAAGUAGCUAUUUUAGCCGUGAACAACUAGAUAACAAUGAUUACAAAUGUGAAGCUUGCAAAAGAAGAGUUCCUGCUACGAAACAAUUUAGCUUAGAACGACCCCCUAAAGUGCUUUGUGUGCAAUUAAAAAGAUUCAGCGUUCUAGGAGGAAAAAUAUCUAAACAUAUAGGUUUCAAGCAAACUAUAGAUAUGGGCCCUUAUCUUUGGAAAGAACCAGGGGAACCUACGCAGUCACUUACAUAUAAGCUUAUGUCGAUAGUUACACAUAUGGGUCCAUCAGUUAAUUGCGGGCAUUAUACUGCAGUUGCAAAGGUCUCAACAGGCCAAUAUUAUUCCUUUGAUGAUUCUUGUGUUCGUCCACUUAGUUUGAGUAAUGUAUUCAGUACAAAUGCUUACAUAAUGAUCUUUGAGAUGGAACAACAAACGCAAUCUCAGGUUCAAGCUCAACAAACUGUUAAAUUAAAUGGUACAAUAACUGUGAACAACACAUUAUCUUCAUCAGGAAGCCCUAUGAAUAAAACUAUAACUCCCAAGGCAUCAACAUCUGGAUUACACUCAUUAAAUGGAUUAAUCAAUGGCACAUCGAUUAGUAAAGAUAACACAGAUAAUUCGGAAACAAAUUUACAAAUAUCAACAAAUAAAAAUGCGGGACUUCAAUUUAAUACCCAAAAAAGCGCAAAUUUUAUCGGGCCACAGUUACCACAAAAAUUACAAGAUAAGUCUCAACCAAGAUUAAUUAUGCAUAUUAAAAAUGGGAAAAUUUUGAAUGGAAAUAGCUUAGUUCCUUAUGAUGGAUCUAGUGAAGAAGAAGAUGUUAGUUCUAAUGGAACAUUAAAAAACCGCACAAAUUUAAACACACCUACAAAAACAAACACUUCUGCUAAUACUACUAAUGGUACACAGAAAUGUUCCCUGGCAAAAAAUGGUUCUCCUAAAAUAAAUCUUAAUGUAUCAAAGACAAAUGGUAGUAGUGUAUCUCAGAAUCAAAGUAAUGUAAUUCAUUGUACAAAAACACAAAAUGGUUCUAGCUGUAGUACCAUUACAAGUACAAUAAAGUAUCAAAAUGGUAAAUCAGAAACAAAUGGUAAGACAGAAAAUAGUAACAAUAAUAGCAAAAGUAAGUGGCAUCAAUCUGUUAGAAAAACAGGACAGGACGAUAAAGUAAUUACAAAAGCUUCAAGCAGUAGUAUGAAAGGUUGGCAAGUUUCAAAGGAUACAUCUUUUUCUGCUACAUCAACUGCAACACCAAACGGAUGGUCCGUGACUGAUAAAGAAGAUAUCCAUAAAAUUAGUCAAAAUAAUGGCACGCCGAGUGCUGCGGCUUUAAGAGAUUUCAAUGGAACAAAUCGUUCCGAUACGGUUUCCCAUUUAUUAAAGAUGUCUCAUCGUGGUUAUGGCAGUUCUUCGGUUGCAAAUUGGAAUGGUAACAGAACACAUUUAGAUAGAGAAGUUGAUAAUGAUAGAAGGGAAAUACGUAAGCGACAUUUUAAUGCAGAUGAUGAAGAAAUAGAUCGUGGUCGAGUCAAGAAAGUAAAAGAUCAUCGAACGUAUGAAGAAAGAAGUAACUCGGGGUAUAAUCCUUUCCAGGAAUAUCAAAAUGGCAAAACGUGGAACCGAUCUCUUAGUGGUUAUUAUCGGAGACAUUACUAUAAUACUUCCAAUAAUGCACGGCCACGGCAUGGCAGAAAUUAUAGGCCUCCGCAUUACAGAUAUCAUAAUCAUUCUCGUGCACAUUGGCAACGAGAAUAAAAUAAAAAAGAUAAGUUGUUGAGAAAGAAUUUCGAAAGCAAUCCAACGUCGAAAAACUUCGUUAGGUUUCAAUUACGAAAGCAAAUUAUAAUUUUUCAAUACGUUAAAAUUAAAAUAAAGAUGUGACAGUGUUGAUUUAGAUAAUUAAUGUUGGACAUAAUAAAUAUUCAACAUUCAUUAUAAUGAAUCGCUAAACUGCAUCGUAACAACCAUGCAUGUUCCUGACAGAGUCUUCAUGUACUCUAUUGUUGUUUGUAGCUCACGUACGUAUGUGGACAUUAUACUACAUAGUACACGGGGGAUGAGUAUCAAUAGCUCUGCCAAUCUUGUGUUCAGUAUGAACGGAGUAAAAUUUGUUAUAAAAUUGUACUAUACUAUAUGUGCGUUAUUAAUUUAGAGUGCGUAUUAAAGAAAUAUAUGUAUGGAUGCAAUGGUUAAGAGUUUAAACAGUAUAUCGCUAAGUGUUUAAAAUUUUCUUGUUAACUUUUUUAUACUUUAGUUAUGGUCAUAAAAUAAUGUUCUUAUUUAAUUUGAAGUAACUUUCAUAUUACAUAACAAUGUAAAAAUCUUUAAUAAGUAUUUUAUACUAAUCUUAUGUUACUUAUAUUGAUACCAUUGUUGAAUUAAAAUUAUAAACACAAUAUUCGACAUAUAUAUAUAUAUACUCGGUGUUUAAUUGUUUAUCGAACUUGAUAAGUGUCCAUACAUUUUCAGACAAAAAAAGAAUACAUGUUAAUUAACAGAAAAUAAAGUUAUGUGUAAAAAUAAGUUAGUUUUAACGAGACGAAGAUAAAAUUAAGUUAAAAAAAAUAUUUUGAAAAUUUUAUGUCAAUAACAUCUUUCAUUUAUGAUAUAAUAAUCCGUCCUUUGUUUUAAUUAACAAAGAUACUCCUCCCUCAUCGAGCUGUAACAAAAGCAUUCAAUUAAGCAGUCAAUCUUGCUCGAUCAAGAAACGUGGUCUUUGUCGUCGCUUACUGAAGAGAAAUAUAUUCAUAAUAAUUACAAUGAUUAAUCAGUAAGUGAAUGAUUUCUCUUAACAUGGUGAAUGUGCAUACUUGUGAAUACAUGUGACUUCAAUUCUCUUUUUUUUAACAUAAUAUAUAUAUAUAUAUUAUAUACAGGUAAUUCCAGAGUGUUUGUGGAACUUGUGAAUAAUCGAGUGAAGAGUGUUUAAUGGUAAUGGAUUAAUAGUAUCAAGUUAUUGAAAUAUUAGUUUAAAAAGGAAAGAAAUUGUAAAUUACAUAUAUAAGUGUAGAAUUUUAAUAUUAUGGAUUUUUCAUAGAGCAUUAAAAAUUGCAAAGCCAUAGAUAAUUUGUUAAGCCAAGGAUAAAAAAAAAAGCUGGCUUUUUCGCCUGCUCGUUAUAUAUAAUACCUCGUUAUAUUAUUCUACAAAUUAAAUAUUAGCCAAAAAAAAGAGAUAAGCAACCAUACGUUAAGAUCUGAUGAUUGUUACAGAUUUUAUGGUACUCGAUAUUUUUCAGAAGAUAUAUGACUUGGACGUACAUGCUGGACCUGUAUCUUUAUCCAAGAUAUUAGUCGCAAUUGAAUAAUCACAUUAGCUUGAUAUUGCGGUGAAUACAAUAUAAUUACCGUAAUAUAGCCUUAAAUUAAGCAUCAUGUUAUUACAUGCUCUAAAAUAUAAUAACAAUGGUUUCUGCAUUGUAUAAAUUCAUGUAUCGUUUGAAGAAUGAGAUUUGAAGUUCUAUAAAAUCGGUACAUCUGAUACUGUAAACGUAUGUGAUAUUGCUCUGUACAGAGGUGAACAACAACAAACACCAGAUUUAAUUUAUGUAUUAAGUAUCACAAAUAAAACGGAAAUUGUCGUUUGUACAACAUUCAAACUAUCGAUACAAACAGAGUGAGAUGGACGUUAAAUCCAUAGAAACCAAUUCAUUUAUACUAUAAAGAAAAGAAAAAGACUAUCGCGUUUUCGAGCGAAGAUAAUAUAAUCUGUAGACGCAUGUAAUGUAUUUUUAUUUUCAUCUUGUAUUCUUAUAAUUUGUUAAAAAGUAAUUCUUCAUAUAUAUUUCUUCAUUUACUCCGUCAUCUUGAAAUGGAGUGUUUGAUGAAAAAGGAAGAGCCUUCGUCUAACGAACUCAUAAAAACACUCGAAAAAAAUGUGAGUAAGCAAUUUGACCCUUUCAUGCUUGAAAUAUAUUCAUAUUAAUUAUUGCCAUUAGAUUUAUUUAAAUUAGUUUUUAAAUUACCAAUAUAAAGGAUUUUAAAAAUUUCACGCGUAUUAUAUACUGAUUUCGAAGAUGCAUUUUUUUAUUGUUUAGCAUGAAAGAGUUAAAUAAUAAAAAAAAUUAACAAUGAUUAGUGAAUAUUGGAAAAAAAAGUUGAGAAAGUGCAUUACUGUUUACUUGAAAAACUGAUUUUAAAAAAUGUAAAUAAAGAUGAGCAACACAA